GGACCAUUGUAGUCUUGUUCUCGUUCUCGUUCUCUGUAUUCUACGUUCUCUUGACGAGCAGCAACAAUGCGUGAAUGCAUUUCAAUCCACAUUGGUCAGGCUGGCGUUCAAAUGGGCAACGCUUGCUGGGAACUCUACUGUCUCGAGCACGGAAUUCAGCCGGACGGUCAAAUGCCGUCGGACAAGACGAUUGGCGGGGGAGACGACUCGUUCAAUACUUUCUUCUCGGAAACGGGAGCCGGGAAACACGUUCCCAGGGCUGUUUUUGUCGACCUCGAGCCGACGGUUGUAGCUGCUACUACAACAACCAGACGUCUAGCUAGAGAAGUGGCACAAACAACGAGACGCCUAGAAGAAAAGCUGCACAAAGAACGAGACUUUUACAUUCUUGUGAGCUGGAAAAUCGGUGAUGAAGUUCGAACAGGAACAUAUCGUCAACUCUUUCAUCCUGAGCAGUUGAUCUCUGGGAAGGAAGAUGCAGCCAACAAUUAUGCUCGUGGUCACUACACUGUUGGCAAGGAGCUGAUUGAUUCAGUGUUGGAUAGGAUUAGGAAGUUGGCUGAUCAAUGCACUGGACUGCAGGGUUUCUUGAUCUUUCAUUCGUUUGGUGGUGGAACUGGCUCUGGUUUCACUUCUCUUCUCAUGGAACGUCUCUCUGUCGAUUAUGGCAAGAAGUCCAAGUUGGAGUUUGCCAUUUAUCCUGCUCCACAGAUCAGUACAGCUGUGGUCGAGCCAUACAACUCGAUUUUAACAACUCAUACGACUCUGGAACAUUCUGACUGUGCAUUCAUGGUCGACAAUGAAGCUAUUUAUGAUAUUUGUCGUCGUAAUCUUGAUAUCGAACGACCCACUUACACCAAUCUCAAUCGGUUGAUUGGACAGAUUGUGUCAUCCAUUACUGCAUCUUUGCGAUUUGAUGGAGCACUCAAUGUUGAUCUGACCGAGUUCCAGACCAACUUGGUUCCCUAUCCUCGUAUUCAUUUUCCUUUGGUUACCUAUGCUCCAGUCAUUUCAGCCGAAAAAGCAUAUCACGAGCAACUGACUGUUUCAGAGAUUACCAACUCUUGCUUUGAGCCUGCCAAUCAGAUGGUCAAAUGUGAUCCUCGUCAUGGCAAGUACAUGGCUUGCUGUCUGCUGUAUCGUGGAGACGUGGUACCAAAGGACGUGAAUGCAGCCAUCGCUACGAUCAAGACAAAGCGCACCAUCCAGUUUGUGGACUGGUGUCCGACCGGAUUCAAAGUCGGCAUCAACUACCAGCCUCCCACCGUCGUUCCGGGUGGUGAUCUAGCCAAAGUGCAGCGUGCCGUUUGCAUGUUAUCCAACACGACUGCCAUUGCGGAAGCUUGGGCUCGUCUGGAUCACAAAUUUGAUCUGAUGUAUGCCAAACGUGCAUUCGUUCACUGGUAUGUGGGAGAAGGAAUGGAGGAAGGAGAAUUCUCUGAAGCUCGUGAAGAUCUUGCAGCUUUAGAGAAAGAUUAUGAAGAAGUCGGCACUGAUUCUGUUGAUGAAGAGGGUGGAGAAGAAGGAGACGAGUACUAAGUUGUGUUGGCUCCACUCUGCGUUGACAUCUGCUGCUUGAUUUUGCUAAAAUAUCAAGAGGUUGUGUUUUGCUGUGUGUACGUGAAAUAGAAUUAUGUAUGACGUUGUGUUUGCAA